UUCGUCCAGGCCCGGCCCACCCGGCCAAGUUCGCCGGCAGCGGCCCUGCCAGGCUUGCGGAGAGCCCGGCGGAGGACCCCGGCCGGGGCUCGACCCCGCUGCCCUGCCCGCUGCGCAGCUCUGGGAGCCAGGGUCGGUCGGAGCCCUUUCCCGGGAGCGCUGCUGGGAAAGUCGCCCAGGGUGUGGGGACUCCGAGUAGUUCCAAGUGCCGCUGAGCUUCGGGACCGUAAUCCCUCGCCUGCAUCCCAAGCUCAGGCACUUCACACCGGAGAAACGUCAACGCGAGGGGGGCGCGCCUGCUGCUCAUUUGGGGCCGCAGCCCUGUGGCUUGCCCCCGUUCGCCCAGCGCGAGUUUCACCCUGGAGUAGGUGGCCAGCCCGGGUCGGCACAGGGAGUGGCGCUCAUGGUCCCAGUGCUUUCUGGCCUCCCUUUUCGUAGGUUCUUCUCAGACGCCCCGAUCUACAACUACAAUGCUUCUCAAGAUGUGGAGCUCUCCUUGCAGAUCGGUGACACAGUUCACAUCCUGGAGAUGUACGAGGGUUGGUACAGAGGAUAUACCCUCCAAAAUAAAUCUAAAAAGGGCAUUUUCCCUGAAACGUAUAUCCAUUUGAAAGAGGCAACUGUAGAAGACCUGGGGCAGCAUGAAACUGUGAUUCCUGGUGAGCUCCCCCUGGUGCAGGAGCUCACUUCCACUCUGCGAGAAUGGGCUGUCAUCUGGCGAAAGCUCUACGUGAACAACAAGCUGACCCUCUUCCGCCAGCUGCAGCAGAUGACGUACAGCCUGAUCGAGUGGCGGUCCCAGAUCCUGUCUGGGACGCUCCCUAAGGAUGAACUGGCCGAGCUCAAGAAGAAAGUCACAGCCAAAAUUGAUCAUGGGAACCGAAUGCUGGGGUUAGACCUGGUGGUGCGAGAUGACAAUGGGAACAUCCUAGACCCCGACGAAACAAGCACCAUUGCCCUCUUCAAGGCCCACGUGGUGGCCUCCAAAAGGAUUGAGGAAAAGAUCCAAGAAGAGAAGUCAAUCCUGCAGAACCUUGACUUGAGGGGCCAGUCCAUCUUCAGUACCAUCCACACCUACGGCCUCUACGUGAACUUCAAGAAUUUCGUCUGCAACAUCGGGGAAGAUGCAGAGUUGUUUAUGGCCCUCUAUGACCCAGACCAGUCCACUUUUAUCAGUGAGAACUAUCUAAUUCGUUGGGGCAGUAACGGGAUGCCCAAGGAAAUAGAGAAGCUCAAUAACCUCCAGGCAGUGUUUACUGACCUCAGCAGCAUGGACCUCAUCCGGCCCCGCGUCAGCCUCGUGUGCCAGAUUGUCCGCGUCGGCCACAUGGAGCUGAAGGAAGGCAAGAAGCACACCUGUGGACUCCGAAGACCUUUUGGAGUGGCAGUGAUGGAUAUUACUGAUAUAAUUCAUGGGAAGGUGGAUGAUGAAGAAAAGCAGCAUUUUAUUCCCUUUCAGCAAAUUGCGAUGGAAACAUACAUCCGCCAGAGGCAGAUCAUCAUGUCGCCCUUGAUAACAUCACAUGUGAUUGGGGAGAAUGAGCCACUCACUUCAGUCUUGAAUAAAGUGAUUGCAGCAAAGGAAGUGAAUCACAAGGGGCAAGGACUUUGGGUAUCCUUGAAGCUAUUGCCAGGUGACCUCAGACAGGUUCAGAAGAAUUUCUCACACUUGGUUGAUAGAUCAACAGCAAUCGCCCGGAAGAUGGGCUUUCCUGAAAUCAUACUGCCAGGAGAUGUUCGGAAUGACAUUUAUGUCACCCUGAUCCAUGGCGAGUUUGACAAAGGGAAGAAGAAAACACCAAAGAAUGUGGAAGUGACGAUGUCCGUGCACGACGAGGAGGGCAAGCUCUUGGAGAAAGCAAUUCACCCUGGUGCUGGAUAUGAAGGCAUUUCAGAAUACAAGUCUGUAGUCUAUUACCAAGUCAAGCAGCCCUGUUGGUAUGAGACUGUCAAGGUAUCCAUUGCUAUAGAAGAGGUCACACGCUGUCAUAUAAGAUUUACCUUCCGACACAGGUCAUCUCAGGAAUCCAGAGAUAAAUCGGAACGAGCAUUUGGGGUGGCCUUCGUGAAGCUGAUGAACCCGGAUGGCACCACUCUGCAGGAUGGGAGGCACGAUCUGGUGGUUUAUAAGGGUGACAACAAAAAAAUGGAAGAUGCUAAAUUCUACCUGACCCUGCCUGGGACCAAGAUGGAAAUGGAAGAAAAAGAGCUUCAAGCAUCCAAAAACCUGGUCACCUUCAUGCCAAGCAAGGAUAGCACUAAAGACAGCUUUCAGAUAGCCACCCUCAUCUGCUCCACAAAGCUCACCCAGAACGUUGACCUGUUAGGCUUGUUAAAUUGGCGUUCCAACUCCCAGAACAUCAAACACAAUCUAAAGAAGUUAAUGGAGGUGGAUGGAGGAGAGAUUGUUAAGUUUUUGCAGGAUACACUAGAUGCACUUUUUAACAUAAUGAUGGAAAUGUCAGACAAUGAAACCUAUGACUUCCUUGUGUUUGACGCACUGGUAUUCAUUAUUUCACUGAUAGGAGACAUCAAGUUCCAGCAUUUCAAUCCUGUACUUGAAACCUAUAUUUACAAGCACUUCAGUGCCACUUUGGCAUACGUGAAACUCUCCAAGGUACUGAAUUUCUACGUGGCUAAUGCAGAUGACUCCAGCAAGACAGAAAUGCUUUUUGCUGCAUUGAAAGCCUUGAAGUACUUGUUUAGAUUCAUCAUCCAGUCUCGAGUGCUCUACUUGAGAUUUUAUGGCCAGAGUGAAGAUGGAGAUGAGUUUAACGAUUCAAUCCGCCAUUUAUUUCUUUCUUUCAAUACACUGAUGGACAGGCCUCUGGAGGAAGCUGUCAAGAUCAAGGGGGCAGCUUUGAAGUACCUUCCUAGCAUAAUUAAUGACGUCAAACUUGUAUUUGAUCCUGUUGAACUCAGCGUGCUCUUCUGCAAAUUCAUUCAAAGCAUUCCUGACAACCAGCUGGUUCGGCAGAAACUUCACUGCAUGACCAAGAUAGUAGAGAGCACUCUUUUUCAACAAUCAGAGUGCAGAGAAGUGCUGCUGCCGCUGCUGACGGACCAGCUCAGUGGCCAGUUAGAUGACAACUCCAGCAAGCCUGACCUUGAGGCAAGCUCGCAGCUUCUGAGCAACAUCCUGGAAGUGCUGGACAGGAAGGAUGUGGGCACCACUUCGACACACAUCCAGCUUAUAAUGGAACGGCUGCUGAGAAGGAUCAACCGGACAGUGAUUGGGAUGAGCCGGCAGUCUCCCCACAUCGGGAGUUUUGUGGCUUGCAUGAUUGCCAUCCUGCGGCAAAUGGAUGACAGCCACUAUGGCCACUACAUCAGCACUUUCAAAACCAGACAAGACAUCAUUGACUUCCUCAUGGAAACUUUUAUCCUGUUCAAGGACCUGAUUGGAAAGAAUGUCUAUGCCAAAGAUUGGAUGGUGAUGAAUAUGACUCAAAGCAGGGUUUUUCUCCGUGCUAUAAAUCAGUUUGCUGAAGUUCUCACAAAAUGCUUCAUGGAUCAGGCAAGCUUUGAACUUCAGCUCUGGAACAAUUACUUCCAUUUGGCAGUAGCAUUUCUCACCCACGAGUCCCUUCAGCUUGAAACCUUCUCACAAGCCAAGCGCACCAAAAUUCUUAAAAAGUAUGGGGACAUGAGAAAGGCAAUCGGCUUUAGAAUCCGGGACAUGUGGUAUAACCUGGGUCCCCACAAAAUCAAAUUCAUCCCAUCCAUGGUGGGUCCCAUUCUGGAGGUCACUCUGACCCCCGAAGUAGAGCUCCGGAAAGCCACAAUCCCCAUUUUCUUUGAUAUGAUGCAGUGUGAGUUCAAUUUCAGUGGAAAUGGCAAUUUCCAUAUGUUUGAGAAUGAGCUGAUCACAAGGCUGGACCAGGAGGUAGAAGGGGGCAGAGGAGACGAACAAUACAAGGUCCUUCUGGAAAAACUGCUCCUAGAACAUUGCCGGAAACACAAAUACCUCUCCGGCUCUGGGGAGGUCUUCGCCCUCCUGGUCAGCAGCCUCUUAGAGAACCUGCUGGACUAUAGAACCAUCGUCAUGCAGGACGAGAGCAAGGAGAACCGCAUGAGCUGCACCGUGAACGUGCUGAAUUUUUAUAAAGAAAAGAAGAGAGAGGACAUAUACAUACGAUAUCUGUACAAGCUUCGAGAUUUGCACCGAGACUGUGAGAACUACACGGAAGCUGCCUACACGCUUCUCUUGCAUGCUGAGCUUCUGCAGUGGUCUGACAAGCCCUGUGUGCCUCAUUUGCUUCAGAGGGACAGUUACUAUGUUUAUACUCAGCAAGAGCUUAAAGAGAAGCUGUAUCAAGAAAUCAUAUCAUAUUUUGACAAAGGCAAAAUGUGGGAGAAGGCCAUCAAACUGAGCAAAGAGUUGGCUGAGACUUACGAAAGCAAAGUGUUUGACUACGAGGGCCUUGGCAACCUCCUGAAAAAAAGGGCCUCAUUUUAUGAGAACAUCAUUAAGGCAAUGAGGCCUCAGCCUGAAUACUUUGCUGUUGGAUACUAUGGACAGGGCUUUCCUUCUUUCCUACGGAAUAAAAUCUUCAUCUACCGGGGAAAGGAAUAUGAGAGGCGAGAGGACUUCAGCCUGAGGUUGCUAACCCAGUUUCCCAAUGCGGAGAAGAUGACCAGUACCACGCCUCCUGGGGAAGACAUAAAGUCCUCUCCAAAGCAGUACAUGCAGUGCUUCACCGUAAAGCCAGUGAUGAGCUUGCCGCCCAGCUACAAGGAUAAACCAGUUCCAGAGCAGAUCUUAAACUACUACAGAGCCAAUGAAGUGCAGCAGUUCAGGUACUCCCGGCCGUUCCGGAAAGGAGAGAAGGAUCCAGACAAUGAAUUUGCUACGAUGUGGAUUGAACGGACCACAUAUACGACUGCAUAUACCUUUCCUGGGAUUCUCAAAUGGUUUGAAGUCAAACAGAUUUCAACAGAGGAGAUCAGUCCUCUGGAGAAUGCCAUCGAAACCAUGGAGAUGACCAAUGAGAGGAUCAGCAACUGUGUUCAGCAGCACGCCUGGGACCGGUCCCUCUCUGUGCAUCCCCUCUCCAUGCUGCUUAGUGGCAUCGUGGACCCAGCUGUCAUGGGGGGCUUCUCCAACUAUGAAAAGGCUUUUUUUACAGAAAAGUACUUGGAGGAACAUCCUGAAGACCAGGAGAAAGUUGAGCUGCUAAAGCGACUCAUAGCGUUACAGAUGCCCCUGCUCACGGAAGGGAUCCGCAUCCAUGGGGAGAAACUGACAGAGCAGCUCAAGCCGCUGCAUGAGCGGUUGUCUUCUUGCUUCCGAGAACUCAAGGAGAAAGUAGAAAAGCACUAUGGGGUUAUAACACUGCCACCCAACUUGACGGAGAGGAAGCAAAGCCGCACAGGGUCUAUUGUGCUCCCCUACAUCAUGUCUUCUACUCUGCGGAGGUUGUCCAUCACCUCAGUCACUUCCUCUGUGGUUUCCACCUCUUCAAACUCAUCUGACAAUGCUCCUUCCAGACCGGGAUCUGAUGGCUCAAUCCUGGAGCCACUUUUGGAGCGCAGGGCCUCGUCAGGUGCCGGAGCUGAAGAUCUGUCCCUCAAAGAGGAGAACAGCGAGAACCGAAUCAGCAAGUGUAAGAGAAAAGACUGGAGUCUGAGCAAGUCCCAGGUCAUUGCAGAGAAAGCGCCAGAACCCGAUUUGAUGGGCCCAGCCAAAAAAGCACAAAGGCCAAAGAGUCUCCAGUUGGUAGAUAAUCGGCUAUCACCGUUUCACGGUUCUUCACCUCCUCAGUCAACGCCCUUGAGACCACCUCCACUCACUCCAAAAGCCACCAGGACCCUAAGUUCCCCAUCGUUGCAGAUAGAUGGACUUGCAGCCAUUCCCAUCCCACCGCCACCUCCCCCCAAAAGCAAGCCCUAUGAGGGCAGCCAGAGGAACUCCACCGAGCUCGCUCCCCCACUGCCUGUCCGAAGAGAAGCCAAAGCACCACCUCCUCCACCGCCAAAGGCUCGGAAAUCCGGCAUCCCUACUUCCGAGCCUGCAUCCCAGUAAGGAUUUUGCCCUCUCUGCAAUACAGAGUACCUUAGACAGCUGCUGCCUGAGAACUGGCCUCCAGCCAGUGUCCUCAUUCCACGGGGCUCCCUGCUGCGUCUCCUGAUCUGGGAUGACGUUUACCAGCUUAAAACCAGUUAUGUUCUUCCAAAAGCUUCUCUUUGAUAGAUGCUUGAGGCCAUGUCACCUCCCUUCCAGUCCACAUGGAAUUCCAGAACAGCCACAUCCUCUGAAUUUUUCGAAGAAGAGAUCGCAUUCACCAUUGUUAAAUGUCAGCCUGUACCGCAGAGACAUGGUGGUCUGCACAAGCCUGGACGAGUUCUUCCACACUGAUGGUGGAGCAACGCCUGUAAUCUACUCCUUGGAAGGAAUUUUUGCUUUGCUUAUGAAAAGGUGUGCUUGAGACUUAGGUAUUUUUCUUGUGCAAACACAUCCAUCCCAUCCCAUAUUGCAUCUUGGAAGAUGUGGACACCAAAUACACUUUGGUAGCUGAAAUAAUCGUAUCUUUCUGAUGUCGACUGUGUCUCCUUUGAGGAAAAGAACACACGUUUUUAAAGGAGAUCGGGUGCUUUCAGGUACAUGUGGCUGUCAUUAUUAAAAGAGCAUGGACUCAAAUGUGAGCCCUGAGUUCCUGCGUCCUCCCAGCUUCCAUCUUCUCGUGGCAUGGGACAGCUGCCGUCUCCCUCUCCCGCCACGCUCCUGACUAAUGGCCUUCUACACACUGCAGCCACUCCUUCCCUAUGGACUUCUUUGAAGCUCUUCCUUUUGCACACACGGUUUUUUUUUUUUGUCCUGUUACCUCCUCUGAGCGCAAAUCACUGGCUACAAGGGACUUAGCAAUCGGAUUCAGCAGCUUCUUUUCCAGACCCCAUUUGGAUGACUCAGCAGGCCCAUCUGCUCCCUGAUUUUACCCUGGAGAAUACAGUGCAAUAUCUCCCUUCCAGUAUUUAUUCCUCUUGAUUGUGGAAUUAAUUUGAUUACUUGCUAAUGGUACUAAUCGUAUUCCUUUCAGAAGAAAAAAUGGAGUGAUUUAGGUGACCAAAUAUUACAUACAUAAAUAGCCGCAUGAAGUUUUAGAUGUUUGGAGCUGGAAGCCUCAAAAAUCAACCAACAAGCCCCCUUACUUAGUAGGUAAGGAAAUUGAGGCUACACACAGAAAAUUGUACUACAGUUUCUAAUAACCCAGCUUGCUGCAUUAGGCUAUACCCAGGAAACUUCUAGAAGACAACUUGUGACAAACUUUUAAAUAUUUACUUUCGGUUGGAACAAUAUUUGAAACGUCCCAGAUAUUUCUGUGCUACUAUUUGUGGCAAAGCAGAAAGCUUUUUGACUGUGAAUCCAAAGGUCAUCACUGGGUGAAGCUCGAUAGUGGUCUCUUCCACAGCCUUGCCCAGAGUCCUUUCCACUAAGGAAGUGAAGACAGCAGAGAAAGAGAUUUCCGCUGUCAGAGCUGGCAUUUGCCUGCCUGAUUCUCUGUGUUUCCUGUUUCACCGCCACCCUAUCAGUUCAUCACAAAGAGCAAGGAAGCAGAAAACUUUCAGAUGUGUCCAGGGUGUUACUUCAGAAAUGAGUAUGCAGAUUUUAAAACCGGUGUGGAAAAGGUGAUCCUUUAUUCCGACCCAGGAGAACCUGCAGCGUGCUAGCAUGGAAGCAUCACUGGCUUUGGAAUUAAACCCAUUUGGUUUCAAAUCCCAGCUAUGACAUCUCUUAACUUUGCAAACAAACACAAAUUAUUUGAAAUUAUCAGUCUUCAUUUUGUUACCUUUCAGAAUGGGGGUAAUGCCUCUUGCAUGAGUUGUGAGGUUUCAGUGAGAUGAAAUACGGGAAGAGAUACUCGCAUGAUAGUCCUUUUCUCUGCUAGGCCUGAGUAAGAACUGGAACUUUCUAAGAGCAUUACUGAUACUUUUUUUUUCUUCCAAGGUAAUUUGGAAUGUGAGUGCCUGUUAGUUCUGCACAUAUGAUCCUUCUCCAAAUGGUGGUUUUCUUUGGAGUCUUUUACAUGAUUAUUUAUGACUAGAGACAAACUUAAGAAGAACUCAAGAGGAUUUUACAUGGAAAGAACUUAAGCUGUAGAGAAAGGAGGAGCCAACAGAAAGGACAUGUAGGGCUUACCUAGAGCCUGGCACAACUUCUGAGAAGUCACUCAGCAGACCGGCUUGGGGGGAUUUGUACCACGGCCUGUUUUACAGGCUGCCAUUAAAAUAGAAAGAUAUGAACUGGGUCACCAAAAAAAACAAACCUCAAGGCUGUCCUUCCACAGCAGUAGAAAUGAGUCCCACAGCCUGGUCUUUGAGCAGAGGCUGGGAAGCUAGGAUACAUCUGGAUACCUUCUCUUUUUAAUAGAACAUGUUAUUCCCUAUGAUUCCCUUUCUACCUUAAUGGAAAUAAUAGCUCUCUCCUGCCUGAACAAAAGGGAUUCCAGGUAGUAUUGUGACUAAGAGAUUACAGCGGAUGAUGGAAGGUUCAUUUUUUUGGGGAAGCUGUUGGGUAGGAAGUCAGAUUUGACAAAAAGUCCCAAGUAAUGUCUGUCCUGAAGUCAGAGGAGGACUGCAAAGAAACACCUCAUGAUUACAUUAAAUAUAGAGAGAUAAGGAGCAGGGAGGAAAAAAGAGACUUGGUCUUUGUUUUUCUUGCUAAGAACUCUCUAGAGCAUUGAAAAACAUUGAAAUGAGCCCUAAAAUUGCCACCACUUUUGUGAAUACUGGUGUUACGGUUGGAGGUGUUGUUUUUAAAUCUUUUUUUCCUCUAUCUCUGUUCUAGUGACUUGUCUUGCUUUGAGACUUUUUAAAAAGAAUUGUUUUAUUCAACAUAUAUCAAGUUCUUAUGGAAUGCCAGUCAUGGUACUCGCCCUUGAUAUGUAGCAGUUGAGCGUGUACAAAUAUACAAAGACAGUUCACUCUGGUGUGCUGUAGGAUUGGAACUGGAGUGGUACCAGAUGAAAAUGAAACCCUAAAGAUUGCUGGGCCAUGGGGUGCUUCCUCCUGCUUCACCUUAACCUUUUGAUUCCAGAAUUGCAGUAAUUUUCUCCUGCCAGGGAAACCCAUUAAAAACUGCAGCCACACCGCAAAUUCAUAAUGAAAAACAAGAUGUAAAGCAGGAUUUGAGACAGCAAUCUACCUUUGCUUACUCUUCGCAAGCUGGAAGAGUCCUCUCCUCUAGUUGCCCCUAUGUCACUGGCUGAUUUCUUGUCUUGGCUCACGCCUGUAAUCCCAGCAAUCUGGGAGGCUGAGGUGGGCAGAUCAUGAGAUCAGAAGAUCAAAACCAUCCUGACCAACAUGCUGAAACCCCGUCUCUACUAAAAAUACAAAAAUUAGCUGGGCGUGGUGGCACAUACCUGUAAUCCCCACUGCUGGGAGGCUGAGGUAGGAGAAUCUCUUGAACCAGGGAGUCAGAAGUUGCAGUGUCUGGCUUUUACAAUUAAAUUGGAAAAGGUAAGUUUCUGUUUGGAUGGGUUGAGAGUUGAACCAUCAGUUCUAAUCUACAAAAGGAAAUUCAGGACUUCACUCUGACGCCUAGGAUCUAGCAAGGCUGAUCUGCAGUAUCAGCUGUUCAGAUUCAUCUAUUCGCCAUAUUUUGUGAGUUGUUCAUCUAAACUUUAUCAAAAAUGCCUUUGCCAGGAUUUUGUUACUAGCUGGGUUUCAAACAUGGACAGUGAAGACGAUGUGCAUUGAAGUAGGAAGAUUUUGUUCAGAUUUGCGGUUAUUUAUUUUUUAAAUUAAAAAUGGAAAUGUAUUUUAAA